UCCAGUCUUGUCAAUUUUUUGCUUUGCGUUGAAAAAUGCGUAAAAGUUUGUGAUUGCGAAAUGGCAAGUGCUUGUGUGUCCAGCAAAGGAUCUGGAGAAAUCAGAGAGAAGCGUCUUGAGUGUCUGGAGGAGUUGCUGGAGCAGAUAACCCUGAAAGAUGCCCGGGAGGAGUCGAGAGACUUCUUCCAUCGAGACGCAGGAAGGACGGUUUCUGCAGCAAAAGUUACUCUGCCUCCGAUAUCACGAACCAUCGGUAGUGGUGAUUACCUCGAUGGGCAGACAGAGCGGAAUUUGGAGGACAUUGAGAGUAUUUUCGAGGAGAUAAAUCGUCUGUCAGACAAUUCGGAUGAACGGAGUGUCGAGGAGAUUCUCAAGGAAGCUGAAAUGCUCAUGCACCUCACGAGUCAAUCUCUGUCCGGAAGGUCAGAUACACCGAGGGAUCACUCAGAUGCACCGGAAGUGGAGGAAGAGGAAGAAAAAGAAGCGGAAGAUGUGCGCACACGAGUUGGCAGCAACACGGAGAAGGUGGAGAAGUCUGGUGGUGAUGACAUUGUUUUCGAUGAGAUUGCUAUUUCGGUACAGGUGAAGAACCAGGAGAGUUCACCGGCACAACCACCAGCGGUGCUGUUGAAGCUUGUGGAGGAGGUGAUGGAAAAUUCCCGUGACAAAUGUAUUGGGACUGACACGCAGUUCCUUGAUAAGUUUACCACACCUUCACCACCGAUGAGCCUCACGCCAAUUAAUGAAGACAGCUGGCCAUUGCACGAGAGAAGGGCGCUUGAGGAUGAAAUUUCUUCGCUGCAGGAGAAACUGAAGGACACGCAGGAGAGAUUCCAGAGCCUGCGUCUUCAGCAUGACACGGUGACGGCUCAUCAUCGUUCCCUCCGUGAAUCUCAGUCCUCAAUGCAGGAGGAAACUGAUCGCCUGAAAUUGGAGGUGCAGCAUCUCACGGAAUGCAUCACAAUCCUCCGGAGUGAGGUUCAGGCAGCUCGAGGGGAUCGUGCUGAAGUGCAGGAAGUUCAGAAAGUUCUGCAAACUGAAUUAGAGGAAGCGCGUGCGGAGAAGAAGAAACUUCAGGAGCAAACAGAUCGUGAUUCAAAGAUAAUUCUCGAUCUUCAGCGGCAGUGCAAGGAGAUGGAGAGGAUACUCAUGCGGAAGCAUCCGGAUUCCGUGUCAGCUCUCAUUGUAGCAUCAAAGGGUGUUGGCAAUGCCAAAGAAGAAGCGUCCACGAGGCGAAUACUCGAACAGAGAAUCGCCCAACUCGAAGCAGAUGCAAAGCAGCAAGAUGCCAAAGCACAGAAAAUCCUCGCGAAUGUUCAAGCCAAGUUCAGUACGGUUCAAUCGAAGUAUGAAACUCACAUUGCUGAUCUUGAGACGCAGGUUCUCAGUCUGCAGGAAAUUAAUACGAAACUCACGCAGAAGAUUGAGGCACAGAGUACGAUAAUUCGUGAAAGGAACAGUACAGUCUUCUCCAGUACCUUCACGCAAACGGAUGAGCUUCCGGAGCGUGAUGUGACGGUGGAGAAGAUCUCCGCAGCCACUCAGACGGAUCAGAAAGCCACCACCACCGGGAAGCAAUCAGCCACACCGAAGAAGGCAUCGGGGAAGAUUGUUAAUUCCUACUCUGAAUCACAAAUAAAUCAUGGCAAUGAUUCGCACCUCAUGGCUACAAUUCGUGGGAUGCGCGUUGACUUGGCGAUCAAGGAGAAAGCCCUGCAGAGACUCACGAGAGAGCUGGAUGAGUGCAAAAAGACAAUUCGGAAGACACAACAGAAAGAAAGGGAAUCAUCCGCCGCGUUGUCUACAAAAACAGCAGCUAAGAAGACGUUAGAGGUCGAAGGGCACAACGGUGUGGAUGCAUCGAGUCUCAAGGAGGCGCAAAAUAAAAUAAAACUUCUCGAAUUUGACUACAAAUCCCUCCACGAUAAACGUCUUCAGGAUCUUCGAACACUGCAGGCGGCCCAUGAGAAGGAGUUGGCUUCCUGCCAUGAGACCGUCAAUAUCCUUCAGCAACGUCUCAAGGAGAGGGAUGAGGCUUUUGCCAUGCAAAAGCGUCGACGGGUUCCUGUUGAUUAUUAUGCCUUAAAAGCCAAGGUGGCAUCGCUCGAGAGGAGGCACAUGGAGCGAGAGCAGAGGCUUCAUAUGCUCGUGGAGGCCCUCAGCAAGGGACGCCUCGUCAAUGGGCAACUCCUUGAGGAUUCUCUGGGUGCCGAUUGCUCACGGUGCCAUCAUCACCAUGUUGGUGAGAAUUGAAGACCAAUUCCUCGUUGCGAAUGUCUCAAGAAUUUUUACAGAUAAAAUGCCUCAGUUCGACAAAGUUUCCCCAAAAAACCCCUUCGAAAUAAGAGAUUCUUGAAGAAUUCAAGUGAGUUGAACAAAAUUUUAGGGUCUUUGAGUGCUGAAUGUUUCAUUCACUCCGGGAAUUUUGACUUUGACAAUUUUAAACUCUGUUUUUCACUAAGGUUUCUCUUGGAUUCAGAGCCUUGAAGUUCUUGUUCGAAAUCUGUGAUUUUAUCGAAACUUCAUUGCUAGAUUUCCUAAUUAUAUUGGAGGAUUUUUGAAAUAAUAGAUUUUUGUUUUGAUUUGAAAAUUUCAGUACAAGUCCACAUCAACGAGCAAUCGGAUCAACCGAUUGUUCGUUGAUGUGGACUUUUACUGUAGUAUGAUUGGAACUAGUCAGAACUGUUGUUAGAGGCUUUCGGUGUUCGUCAGAGAAAAAUUCCCGUUUCUUUUCCUCUGACGAACACCGGAAGCCUCUAAUAACAAAAUCAAUACGUCAGAAAAGAGAAGAAAACCAGUCAAAACUUUUGGAGCUCUGACACAGUUUUUUUUUAUAGAAAUUCAAAAAAACUCUUUAUGCAAUGUUUUUUUUAUUCUAUUUGACUUUCAUACUUUGAACUAAUUAAUUGAAACUGGGCCUAACCCUGAAAUUCCUGGACCUAGGAACCAAAACUGUUUAAAGUUUUGAAAUUCCAAGAUAAUGGAACCGAAACUUCCUAAUUUUCAAGUUCGUUGACCUAGAAAUGGAAAUUGAUUCUAGUCUCCAAGUUCCAGGGACUGAGAAUUCGAAGCUGAUUUUAGUUUUCAAGUUCCUGGGACUGAGAAAUCGAAGCUAAUUUUAUUUACCGAAUUCCUGGGAUUGAGAAAUUUUCUGUCGUUAGUUUUCGAAAGUAACAAAGCUGCUUUUGGUUUUCAAGUUUCUGGGCCUCUAGAAACUGAAACUGAUACUAUUUUUCAAAUUUCUGGACCUAGAAACUGAAAGAAUUUCUAGUUUUUAAGACCCUGGACUUAGAAACCGAAACUGAUUAUAGUUUUUUAAUUUCUUUGACCAAGAAAACCAAACUUUUUAUAAUAUUUCAAUUUCUUGAUAAAUAAUUCUCUCGAUAUCCUAACAGAUCUGUUAUUUUAGCAAAAACAUUUCCUUCUUCAGAAUGUUAAAAUACGAUAUUUUAGCACUCAAUGACCCGCCCCUUAUUAUUAUGGUAUUACUAUUAGUUAAUUUAUUUAAAAGAAAAAUGCUUCCUGCACGCAUUUAGAAUUUUAUUUAUUCUGUGAUUUUUAAGCAACAAGAAAAAAGUGCGAGUAGUGUGAUUAGAUGUCUCUAAAAAAUGGUGUAGAACCGUCCUUUGUUCUCGAAGAAAGAAAAUUGUGUGAUAAAGAAAGAUUUAUUCGUCCAAAUAUUGGCUCAAAGCACAUAAUAUUGAUUUUCCUUCAAACAAACAACAAAAAAAUAGUUUUUUUUUAAUACGAAUUUCCCUAAAUUUUGAUUUAAAUAGAGAGUAGAGAAGUGGAGAAAAGAAGGAAAAUUGACAAUAAUUGGGUUUUAGAGUUGAUAAUGAAAAUUCUCUCUCAAAAUUUUCUUUCUAAUUUCCCAAAAGAUUGUGAAUUUGCUGCUAAAAAUGGAAAACUAUCCCCCGAUUUAGCUGCAAAAAAGGUGUGUUUAGUUGUGCAGUAGAUAGAAUGAGAGAAAAUGAAAGAUUAUCUCCUGUAGAGCUUAGAAUUUCUUCCACUUUAUCACAUUAUUUAUAGAUCUCUUCUUAUAUUUAGAUGUAGAAAGAUUAUAACUUGCUUAAAAUACUCAUAAAGAAAUAUCCUAAAAAUACGGAUCAAUUUUCAGUGAAUGUUUUCUGGGGAAAAGAGAUAAUUUUAAGCAUUAAAUCAAUUGAAUCUAAAAUAAUAACCGAACAGUAUUAAUUAUAGGGAACAAACAAAGAAUAAUAAAAAUAUUUCUGAUACAUUUUUUAAAUAAAAUCAUCAAUAAACAGGAAGUUUUUAAAGUAAAUAUCAUUUAUUAUUUUUAUUUUAUUUUCAUAUUGAAAAAUUCUUUUUUAAAGGUUUUUAUAUCAAAUAUUUUUAAAAUUUUAUUUCAUAGAUUCUUUUCAUUUCUUUUAUUUAAACAGAAAACAUUUAUUUAUGAAAUUUGAUCCGUUAUAAAAUAAAAGGAAUUGCUGUUAUUUCCAAAGAUAAAUUUUUAAAAAAUAUAUAAUUUAAAGAACAAAAAACAAAAACGUUUACGUUUUCAUGUUUUCUCAAAAGGUAAAGACAUUUUUGAAUCUAUAAUCCGUUGCAAUACUUCAAAAUUUCUCAAACUUUAUGAAAAAUUGAGAUUCCUAUUAAAAAAAAAAAAUGCCAAUUUUAAAUAUCUUUGGACUUACAGAUUUUCUUUAAAAAAUUAAAGAAAUAAAAUGAAAAUAAACUUAUCUUGCCACAUUAAGCAAUUUCUGAUAGAUAAUUAUUUUUCUCUCAGAAUGUUAUAAAAACCAAAAAAAAUCUAGAUUUUUAGGAAAAAUACUAGAAAGUGCAUUAGAUGAAGAAAAUUUAAAAAGAAAACCCAAUUAAUUUUUUUUCUCUAGAGGAAGAAUAAAAUCUAUAAAACUUUAGUAAAAAAUACUCACCAAUAUUUUUCUAAUAGUCCUAUAAACCAGUUGAUAAAUUUAAAAAAUAAAAACGUUCUAUGUGGA